AUGGACUUUAUCUGCAAGGAACCGCAGCCACCAGAGACAGAUGAAGUAGGUAUAAGUGACAAUGAAAACUCUGAAGAUGAGCAGCUUGAGUAUGCAGCCUGGCAAGACGUGGAUCUAAAUCCGGCUGUGGAACUAGUAGCGAAGCUCGUGCGUGAGUCUUUGGACGCUGGUAAGACGUAUAAUAAGAGCAUUACAGCCAAGACAUCGCAGCUGCUCAUUGGCUGUGAUGGACUUAUAUUGGAGAUCAAAAGCUUGGUGGAAGCUCGUGCCGAGUCUCGUCUACGCUCGGGCCAGCGUCGCGGACAAAGUGGCGGCUGUGCGUGCGGCCAAGCGAUGGCCAUGCUGCCGUUACGUAAUCCACACGAACGUCUCACUGUUACUGCAAAGAAUGAUGACGUAUCUAAUAAGAAGAAACAGAUGGUCGAUGAAACUACAGAAGAUCAUACGGACAGUGUACUGGCCAAGAUGGAAACGACAAUGAUGAGAUUAAAGGAGAUGGCAGAGCUCAUUCAGGCUACGAGUAUGCAGGGAGAAGCUAAUUUGGUGUCUAAAGUGUCGCUGCAAAGUGGCACGUUCCAAGCACUGGAAGCGGCAGUGCAGGCCAGUGCUGCAGCAGCUACAGCUACGGCUAUUGCACAGGAGCGAGGUCGCUCAUCCUCGGCUUUUGGCAGACUGUGUUUGCCGAUACAGGUCCAGAAAUUGCAGGAAUGGUACUACUCGUAUCCACGUCCGUUGUUGGAUGAACUGACGCUCAUGCGCACAAUUCUGAAUUAUCGACCGUAUGCCAAUCCAUUCCAGGUGGGCGGACUGACGCUGGCACAUGUGCGCGACUGGUUCAAACGACGUCGCUUCCGGGAGCGGAUGCGGUAUGUAAAGCUAGCGGUGGAAGCGGGUCAUGAUGCCCAAGCUGCAGAGGAGGAGAUCGACUUGCGUCUGGAACAGAGGAUUGCUCACUUGCGUGCCUCCGUCGACCCGAAUGACCUAGUCAAGGAGGUCGACCGCGUACGCGCUCAAAGUUAUCUGUAUGAUGCAGCUGUGAACGCUUUUACGAGACCAAAUAAUGUCCGGUCUUACAUCGCCGCAUCGCAUUCGGUUCCGACCACAGCAGAACAAUACGGAAGCAAUGCUAAUGGUCGUGGCAAGCGACAGCGCACGCAGAACUCGGACUUGGAUGAUAUUCAGAUGGUUAAGCAUGCCACCGUUUUGGAAGUGAUGGCACUGCAAAAUCGAUUGCGCAGCUUAAUGGAACAGCCCAAGACGACAGUGGUCACCAACGGAUUACAGCAAGUGGUCGAUUUGUUGCGUGCUAUGAAGGUUGAUCCCGAUGUGCGUAUUCAGUCGGGUAUCGUGGCGGAUUUGAAGCAAAUUUUGAAAGAAUAUACGAAGCCAACACUGCUUCGCAAGGCUACGAUUGCACUAUUGGAAAGCCUGGGUAUGAAUCGCCGCGCUGUGGCGGAACGUGACGCCGAUGACGAUGCUGCGUUGUCUACACCAGCAAGUCCGGCACUGAGUACAGCGUCAAGUGCGAGAGGACGAACGAAACUGAAAUAUGAACACUCGCCGAUGGAAGGUUUGGAAAGUAGCAGUGCAGUGUUUGAUGACGCUUCUUCCCUUUUGCUCUCGGAAGAGCCAUUGAAAAAGAAAGCGAAGCUUCCUGUUGAUCCUCGCGCGAAGGAGAAAAAGGGUCGCGUUUUGCGUCCCAUGAAAUUCUCUAUGGAUCAGUUGACAGCGCUCGAAGCAUGGUUCCAACAGAAGUACAAACCAUCGCAAGAAGAAAUGGAGGACUACUUGGUACAGUUGAAUACCCCACCGUUACGAGACGUGAAGAAACAAAGGAUAGAUGUGAACAUGACACAGCUGCGGCGGUGGUUUAACAAACGUCGGUGUCUGCGUCGCCCUCCGUUUGCGCUGAUGACACAGCAAGAGGCUGCUAAGGAAGGGUCAAAGAAUCCUGCGAUCCUCAAGGCUGUGUCAAGUCCUAGCACUGCCGUGGAGCCCGUGGAAAGUAAGAAUGUCGAUGAAGACGACGAUGAUGAUGACGAUGAUGGCAGUAGCGACGAUGGCGAGCUUCUUAUUGACCAGGCGUUGGCCUAG